GGGGUGUGUCUGCUACUUUCUGUAUCAGUUCUCCUGUAGCUACAUGUUCAUCACUACUGUCACCAUGCAGACCAUUUUGCUUCUUACCAUACUCGCCUUAGCAGCAUCGCCGAUUCACGCUGAAGAAGAAGCCUUGUCAGAGAAGAAAGUUGAUAAGAGAGGAGUCCUGGGAUUAGGAUAUGGCGGCUACGGUGGUUACUAUGGAUUGAACGGCUAUGGAGGUUACGGACAACAUGGAUACUUAAAAGCCUCCGCGUACCCAGCAAUAGGUCAUGGAGUUGCUCCUUCAUACUCUCUCAGUUACAGUGCACCAAUUUCCAUCAAUCAUGGUUAUACAGCACCCGUGGCACCAGUGGCACCAGUGGCACCAGUAUAUUCAGUACCGCGACUUGGUUAUCACGGACUUGGGCAUGGAUUGAACUAUUUGCUUCUUACCAUUCUUGCCUUGGCAGCAUCGCCGAUUUACGCUGAAGACGAAGACUUGUCAGAAAAGAAAGUUGAGAAGAGAGGAGUUUUGGGAUUAGGAUACGGAGGCUACGGUGGUUACCAUAGACUGAAUGGUUAUGGAGGUUACGGACAACAUGGAUACUUAAAUGCCCCCGCGUACCCAGCACUAUGUAAAUAGCUGGUGAAUUUGUUAGUCGUCAAAGAUUCUUGAAACUGCUU